GGUCGACUCAUGGGUACCAACAUAGCAAACCGAUGAACUCAGGUUAGCCGAUUUCCGGCGGCGACUUCUCUCUGUUCGCCGUCGAUUCCUUUGGUGUUGAGCCAUGGGUCGCGUUAUUCGUGCUCAACGUAAGGGAGCUGGAUCCGUUUUCCGGUCCCACACCAAGAGGAGGAAGGGAGCGCCGAAACUCCGAUCUCUGGACUUCUCCGAGAGGCAUGGGUACAUCAAGGGAGUCGUCAAGGACAUAAUCCAUGACCCUGGUCGUGGAGCUCCAUUGGCAGUGGUUCACUUCCGUGAUCCAUACAAAUUCAAGACCCGCAAAGAACUAUUCAUUGCCCCGGAAGGCAUGUACACAGGACAGUUCUUAUAUUGUGGGAAAAAAGCCAAUUUGCAAAUUGGAAACGUUAUGCCUGUUGGUACGAUGCCUGAGGGUACUAUCGUAUGUAACCUGGAGGAGAAGACUGGCGACCGAGGCCGGCUAGCUCGAGCGUCUGGUAACUAUGCUACCGUCAUUGCCCACAAUCCUGACACCAAAAAGACGAGAGUGAAACUGCCGUCUGGUGCCAAAAAAGUCAUUCCAUCGAACAACAGGGCGAUGGUUGGUAUCGUUGCCGGUGGAGGACGUAUUGACAAACCGAUCCUUAAGGCUGGUCGUGCCUACCACAAAUACAAGGCCAAGAGAAAUUGCUGGCCUAAGGUUCGUGGUGUUGCUAUGAACCCUGUGGAACAUCCCCAUGGUGGUGGUAACCACCAGCAUAUUGGUAAAGCUUCCACGGUUAAGCGUGGAACCAGCGCUGGUCGCAAGAUCGGUCUCAUUGCUGCACGUCGUACUGGAAGAAUCCGAGGAGGAAAAACAGACACCAAGAAGGACGAUUAGACUGUAUACUAAUUCUCCUGUGUGGUUAUUAUAUAAUAAAAAAAUAUACAAAAUCUGCAAAA